UAAUAUUUAUAUUGUUCUAACCUGCUAUCAAACGACUUCGUAGAAAAAUAUUAUAUUAGUAUAUCAGGUAGUUGGUCAAAUGGAAGUUCAAACGUACCAGCACUGGCCCUGUGGUUGGGUCAGUCUGUUUCUCUGAAUGGUCAAAAGUUUCAACUCACGUUUUUAUGAAUAGAGACAAAUUCAGCCCAAAUCAAUAUUGGAAACAGUAGCUAGCAGCAAUAACUCCUGAAAAAUGCCCAUGCAUUCAUCUUCUUCUUCUCUUUCACGGCGCCAGAAGCCUAAUAACAACAACGAAAAUGUCAUUAGCAAGUCUAUGUCGGCAGAAGAAGAAGUGAAGCUUGCAGCUCUCGCUAUCACCCUUAACAUACGGCUCAGAUCAGCAGAUAUGCCUUUCGCCAUGCAAGCAUAUGCCCUUCGUUACGCCAGAACUCUCCUCCUCCAACCUGCAAAUCACCGCCCAAAUCCCUCCCUCCUGGCUCGCUACCUCAAAAAGGAGUUUGAUUCGAUGUAUGGACCGGCAUGGCACUGUGUGGUGGGGAAGAGUUUCGGAUCUUUUGUGACUCAUUCACCUGGUGGAUUUGUGUAUUUUUCACUUGAAUCGUUCUCGUUUCUUCUGUUCAAGACGGAGGUUCAGUUGAUCACGGAAGCAGUAGUACCAACACCUGCUGCCCGCUGAUUCAUAUAUUUCUGGUUGCUGCAGCUGACGGAGAUGGUUGUCCCCUGUUCGGUGGUUAGUUUCGCAAUCUGCAUUUGAAACAGAUAUAGCAGCUGCUAACUUGUUUUGGAGUUAAUUUCACAUAUGAUUGUACAUGAUAAUAUUGAUAUUUCUCUAAGAAAAAACAUACAUGUAGCAUCCUA